CCAAGGUGGCAGAUGGUCCGCAGCGACCAAAGGAAAGGCGGAGGGCCCAUAAACCCAGCACCAGCAACGCCACCGCCCUCUUCGCCUGCCCCGCCGCCCUCCUAACACUCUCUUCGCCUGUGCAUCCUUCCCUCCCAGCUCUGGCAAGCACUCACUGGACCGGUCGCCCGCGGAUCCUCCUUCUCCACGGGCUCUUAGCAGAGGCAGCAGCGAGGUGUCCGAUUUGGGCACGUGAGGCCCGCGAUCUCCGGCGGUGGACGCCAGGCAGGGCAAGGCCAUUGGUGGGCGCCAGAAAGGAGGGAGGGGGAUGGGAUGGAAUCUUGCAAGAAAUAAAGGCAUGAAGACUCCCAAUGUACAAGAGGCCGAAGGGCAACAAACCAGGGCAGCUGCAGGAAGGGCCACUGGGUCUGCAAACGUGUCCAAGAAGAAAGCUUCCCAGAAGAAGCACAGAGGCAGACCUUCAUCCCAGCCUCGCAGGAACAUCGUGGGCUGCAGAAUUUCCCAUGGAUGGAAGGAAGGCGAUGAGCCCAUCACCCAGUGGAAGGGAACUGUUCUGGAUCAGGUGCCCAUAAACCCCUCUCUUUAUCUGGUGAAAUAUGAUGGAAUUGACUGUGUCUAUGGCCUGGAACUUCACAGAGAUGAAAGAGUUUUGUCUCUUAAAAUUCUUUCCGACAGGGUGGCAUCAUCCCAAGUUAGUGAUGCCAACCUUGCAAAUACCAUAAUUGGCAAAGCAGUGGAACAUAUGUUUGAGGGUGAGCAUGGUUCUAAGGAUGAAUGGAGGGGGAUGGUCCUAGCCCAAGCACCUAUCAUGAAAGCCUGGUUUUAUAUUACCUAUGAGAAAGAUCCUGUCCUGUACAUGUACCAGCUUCUAGAUGAUUAUAAAGAAGGUGACCUCCGUAUCAUGCCAGAGUCCAGUGAGUCUCCUCCAGCAGAGAGGGAGCCCGGAGGAGUUGUAGAUGGCCUGAUAGGCAAACAUGUGGAAUAUACCAAAGAAGAUGGCUCCAAAAGAAUCGGAAUGGUCAUUCACCAAGUGGAAGCCAAACCCUCUGUGUAUUUCAUCAAGUUUGAUGAUGAUUUCCACAUCUAUGUCUAUGAUUUGGUGAAAAAGUCCUAACUGUUAGGGUAAAAUGUGCCA